AGAAAGAGCCUUUACGCUUUGUUUCCUCCUGGCAGGGUGAUAAAUGCAGGGAAGAGUCAGCACAACGAGGACCAGGCGUGCUGCGAGGUGGUGUUUGUGGAGAGGAGACCCAGCCCGAGGGGUCAGCUGCCGUCCAGGGAAGGCGUUGGGGAGCUGGAUGGGGGCAGGAAGGGUUUCUAUUUCCACUACUGGGCCCUGUUUGAUGGCCACGCAGGCAGCGGUGCUGCUGUCCUGUCAUCCAAGCGGCUCCACCUGCACAUCUGCGAUCAGCUCCGGGACCUCGUGGACAUCCUGCAGGACCCCUCCCCACCUCCCAUCUGUCUCCCGCACGAUGCCAGGGCCAGCACUGUGGAGCCAAGCCAGGUACCCCUUGCAGAAGAUGAUGGGGAGGUCCCCAACGAUGCUGUGCCACGGUUUCACCUGGAGAAAGUGGUGUCUCAUGAGAGCCUGGUGAUCGGUGCCAUUGAAAAUGCCUUCAAGCACAUGGAUGACCAGAUCGAGCAGGAGCGAGCAUCCCAGCACCUGUCCGGGGGCUGCUGCGCCCUGGCUGCCGUGUACCUCAUGGGCAAGUUCUAUGUGGCCAAUGCCGGCGACAGCAGGGCCAUUAUCAUCCGUAACGGGGAAAUCAUUCCAAUGUCCAGGGAAUUUACUCCAGAGACAGAGAGGCAGAGGCUGCAGUUUUUAGCGUUCCUGAGGCCAGAGCUGCUGGGGAAGGAGUUCACGCACCUCGAGUUCCCUCGCAGGAUCCAUCCCAAGGAGCUGGGGAAGAAGAUGCUGUACAGAGACCAAAGCAUGAGCGGCUGGGCUUACAAAAAGAUUGAAGAGGAUGACCUGAAGUUUCCACUUAUCUAUGGGGAAGGCAAAAAGGCUCGGGUGAUGGCCACGAUUGGGGUCACACGGGGUCUGGGAGACCACGACCUCAGGGUGUUCAGCUCCAACAUCCGCAUCAAGCCUUUCCUGUCCUGCUUCCCAGAGGUCAGGGUUUACGACCUGACACAGUACGAGCACUGCCCUGAUGAUGUUCUGGUCCUGGGCACUGAUGGGCUCUGGGAUGUCACCAACGACAAGGAGGUAGCCGAUGUGGUGAUGGAGGUGCUGACAAGCUAUGAGCCCAAUGACCCAUGCAGGUACACUAUGGUGGCCCAGGAGCUGGUGAUGCGGUCCCGGGGGGUGCUGAAGGAGCGAGGCUGGCGGCUCCCCAAUGACAAGCUGGGCUCCGGCGAUGACAUCUCCGUCUUCGUGGUCCCUCUUGGUGGUCCAGGCAACUACACGUGA